CGUGGGGAGGAAGUGCCCGGCGGGCAGCUCGUUCUCGGGGCGGCCGCCGCCACUGCUCCCGAGGGGUCGGGCCAUGGAGGCGGUGCCGCCGCUCUACCGGGUGGCGGGGACCGCGGGGCCGCAGGGAGAUGAAGACCGGCUCGGGGUCCCCGACGGGCCCGGGGCUCCGCUGGACGAGCUGGUGGGCGCGUACCCCAACUACAACGAGGAGGAGGAGGAGCGCCGCUACUACCGCCGCAAGCGGCUGGGCGUGCUCAAGAACGUGCUGGCGGCCAGCGCGGGCGGCAUGCUCACCUACGGCGUCUACCUGGGCCUCCUGCAGAUGCAGCUGAUCCUGCACUAUGAUGAGACCUACCGCGAGGUGAAGUACGGCAACAUGGGGCUGCCCGACAUCGACAGCAAGAUGCUGAUGGGCAUCAACGUGACGCCCAUCGCCGCUUUGCUCUACACGCCGGUGCUCAUCAGGUUUUUCGGCACCAAGUGGAUGAUGUUCCUGGCUGUGGGCAUCUAUGCCCUCUUUGUCUCUACCAACUACUGGGAGCGCUACUAUACGCUUGUGCCCUCAGCUGUGGCCCUGGGCAUGGCCAUUGUGCCUCUUUGGGCCUCCAUGGGCAACUACAUCACCAGGAUGGCUCAGAAGUACUACGAGUACUCCCACUAUAAGGAGCGGGAUGAGCAGGGACCCCAGCAACGCCCGCCACGGGGCUCCCAUGCACCAUAUCUCCUGGUCUUCCAAACCAUCUUCUAUAGCUUUUUCCAUCUGAGCUUCGCCUGUGCCCAGCUGCCCAUGAUCUACUUCCUGAACCACUACCUGUAUGACCUGAACCACACACUCUACAAUGUGCAGAGCUGCGGUACCGACAGCCAGGGCAUCCUCCUGGGCUUCAACAAGACUGUUCUGCGGACCUUACCACGCAGCGGAAACCUCAUUGUGGUGGAGAGUGUGCUCAUGGCGGUGGCCUUCCUGGCCAUGCUGCUGGUGCUGGGCCUGUGCGGUGCCGCCUACCGGCCCACUGAGGAGAUCGACCUGCGCAGCGUGGGCUGGGGCAACAUCUUCCAGCUGCCCUUCAAGCACGUGCGCGACUUCCGCCUGCGGCACCUGGUGCCCUUCUUUAUCUACAGCGGCUUCGAGGUGCUCUUUGCCUGCACGGGUCUCGGCCUGGGCUACGGUGUGUGCUCCGUGGGGCUGGAGCGCCUGGCCUACCUCCUCGUGGCUUACAGCCUGGGCGCCUCGGCCUCCUCCAUCCUAGGCCUGCUGGGGCUGUGGCUGCCACGCCAGGUGCCCCUCGUGGGUGGGGCCGGAGUGCACCUGCUACUCACGCUCGGCCUCUUUUUCUGGGCCCCCGCACCUCGGGUUCUGCGACACAUUUGGAUCCUCUACGUGGCAGCUGUCCUCUGGGGUGUGGGCAGUGCCCUCAAUAAGACCGGACUCAGCACACUCUUGGGAAUCCUAUAUGAGGACAAAGAAAGGCAAGACUUCAUCUUCACCAUCUACCACUGGUGGCAGGCGGUGGCCAUCUUCGUGGUGUACCUGGGCUCAAGCCUGCCCAUGAAGGCCAAGCUGGCGGUGCUGCUGUUGACGCUGGUGGCGGCCACCGCCUCCUACCUGUGGAUGGAGCAGAAGCUGCGGCGGGGCGUGGUUCCGCGCCAGCCCCGCAUCCCGCGGCCGCAGCACAAGGUGCGCGGCUACCGCUACCUGGAGGAGGAGAACUCGGACGAGAGCGAUGCGGAGGGCGUGCAUGGAGGCGGCAGCGGCGGCGGCCUGGGGGACUGCGUGGAGGAGGAGGCACCGCCCGCAGGGCCCCGGCCUGGCCCGGAGCCAGCUGGCCUCUGCCGCCGGCCCUGCCCCUAUGAACAGGCCCUUGGAGGCGACGGGCCAGAGGAGGAAUGAGGGGCCCAGCCAGCUCGCCGGCCUCCGUUUCCCGAGGCUAGGGUCAGGGUCGGGGAGCAUCUUCAGGAAGGACCUUCUCCGGGACCGUAGGUUCCAGAACGCCCCAGAGCCCGGGGCCACCUGCCACGCGGUACUUACCCUGCGGCCCUUCCGACGCGUGUGGAGCUUUAAGACCCCUGGGCCGGGCCUAGGGUUGGAGGGACAGCGCAGCCAACUCAACCCCACUCCACGACCCCUCCCCAGGUCUGAGGAAGGACAGGGUCCUCCUGCCACAGCCACCCGCCCCCCCCCAGCGCAGCCCUCAGCCACGCGCCUCGGCAGGGUGUGUCUCAUGCUUUGCACAUCUAUCCCCGUGGUCUGUCAAGAGGCACGACUUUUUACAGAAAAUGAGAAUUAAAGAGGUUUUGUAUUGUCCCGA